UGGAAGGGUUGGUGCCUCUAUAUUUCGGUGCGCACAUUAAAAAUUAUGUCACUUUCCUACGUAAAUGAUAAUAAUAUGGGUGAAAACGAGGAUACCAAUAGUGAUACAAGUGAAGGAAAAUUUCUGACAAAAGUUUUUGCAGGGGCAUUUCUACUGACUCCCUCUUACGAGUUAACUCUGGACAAGGCAGCCACGAUUUGCGACAAGCUCAACUUCCGGGGAAGUUUCAGCCUGACAAAAACAGCAACCGGCAUUCUUUUUAAGUUCUCAGAACCCGAAGAUUACCAACAAGUCUUUCGGAAGGGCUUUCACAAGGUGACUGGUGGUCGGUUGUAUAGAAAAGUGGCGAUUCCCUGUAGACCUCAGAAAACGUUUUCAUUGCUGGUAAUGGAAGUUCCGUCGGAUUUGCCCGAAGACGACAUCCGUGCCAGUCUCUAUAGAUAUGGCUCUGUAGUGGAAGUAACAAGGGUUCCUCAUAAAAUGGACCAGCCUGGAGUCCCCCACCCCGUUCGCAUAACAUUGGCUUCAGUAGAAGAAUACAGUAAUUUGCUGCAGCAAGGUCUAGAUUUUUAUGGAGCCACAUACUUCCCAACUGAGCCAAUUAAAAAAGAAGAAAUUAGAACGAACAAUAAACAGUUGAUGCCAGUUUUCGACUCGUUUGGAUUCAGCCGUUUACCUGCUCCACCAAGCCGUACUCUCAAACCGAAUAAGGCCAACUAACCGAACACAUUCCUCGUAUUGUUAUGACACUUGUUCAGUAUAUUUCUGCAGGUACUGUAUAACAAGUGCGCAUGCUUUGUUGAAAUAAUUUAUGGAUGUGUUUAUUUUUACAAAUCUAUUUGCGCUGUUAUUCUUUUGUAGUGUAUAAUCAUAUUUUAAAACAAGUGUCUUAUUGCAUGUUACAAAUUUUACUUCUGUUACUU